AUGUAUUCGCCUAAAACCCACGCUCUACUUCAUUUCUCUAUCAACUCCUUCUCCUCCUGCUCAUUUCUCUUCUUUAUUUAUUUUCAUCAGCACUUUCUCCUCCUACAGUUUUUACUUCAUUUUUAUUUAAACAGACAUCUCUCCUCCUACACAUUUAUUCUUCUUCCCUACCAAUUUAUUCUUCUUCAUUUUUCUUUCAUCAAUCAUCUCUCCUCCUAUCCAUUUAUUCUUCUUCAUUUUUCCUGCAUCAACACUCUCUCCUCCUACACAUUUAUUCUUCUCUGUUUUUCCUUCAUCACCCCUCUCUCCUCGUGCACAUUUAUUCUUCUUUAUUUUUCCUUCAUCUACCCUCUCACCCCCUGCACAUUUACUCUUCUUCAUUUUUCCUUCAUCAACCCUCUCUCCUCCUACACAUUGAUUCUUCUUCCUUUUUCCUUAAUUGAACUCUUUCAGCCUCACGAUUUAUUCUUCUUCAUUUUUCUUUCAUCAACCUUCUCUCCUCCUGCACAUUUAUUCUCCUUCAUUUUUCUUUCAUCAACCCUCUCCCUUCCUAUCCAUUUAUUCUUCUUCAUUUCUCCUUCAUCAACUCUCUCUCCUCCUGAAUAUUUAUUCUUCUUUAUUUUUCCUUCAUCAACCCUCUCCUUCCUAUCCAUUUAUUCUUCUUCAUUUCUCCUUCAUCAACUCUCUCUCCUCCUGAAUAUUUAUUCUUCUUUAUUUUUCCUUCAUCAACCCUCUCCCUUCCUAUCCAUUUAUUCUUCUUCAUUUCUCCUUCAUCAACUCUCUCUCCUCCUGAAUAUUUAUUCUUCUUUAUUUUUCCUUCAUCAACCCUCUCCCUUCCUAUCCAUUUAUUCUUCUUCAUUUCUCCUUCAUCAACUCUCUCUCCUCCUGAAUAUUUAUUCUUCAUUAUUUUCUCUUCAUCAGCACUCUCUCCUCCUACACAUUUUUUUCAUUUUUCCUUCAUCAACCCUCUCUCCUCCUACACAUUGA